UCCUCCGUUGCAUCCCCGUUUCUCUCAAGUCCUCAAAUGUGCGACUUCCACCGUCGUUAGAAGCAGAGGAUGUCGAGGCCUGAUUCAUGUUAACAGGACAUGUUAAUAUGAGGAUAAAGAGAUAAAAAAAACGAGCUGUUUAAGUCCCUGUUCAGUUAAAAGGUGGAGUGACGAUGUUUGCUGUUGACUGAAGUUCACUCUGAGAAUCAAAAUGAAGGGAAGGCUUCUUCGUGGUUUCCUUUCGGAAAUCUCCAUCCGGAUGGCGCUGUUAGUGGUGUUCCUUGUGACGGAGCAGCUUCCUCCUUUCUACCGUGAGAUCCAGGCAGAGGAGAUGUGGUUGUAUAAAUUCCAUCGUGUGGAGAGAGACCAUGUACCCACCCUUCUCAUGUUUAGUGUGGCGGUUUUCACCCCGCUGAUUGUAAUCCUGGUUUUCACCUCCAUGAAGAGGGCAGAGCGAGGAGAUUUGAAAGAAGCCUCGCUGGCUGUGACUCUGACUCUGGUGCUGAAUGGAGUUUUCACCAACGUCAUCAAACUUGUUGUUGGCAGGCCGCGACCAGACUUCUUCUACCGCUGUUUCCCAGACGGUCACAUGAACCUGGAGCUGCGAUGCAGCGGUGACCCUGAUGCCGUGAUGGAGGGCAGGAAGAGCUUUCCCAGCGGGCAUUCUUCCUUUGCCUUUGCAGGUUUGGGUUUCACAGCACUGUACAUUGCAGGAAAGCUGCGCUGCUUCAAUGCAGCAGGUCAGGGCAGAGCAUGGCGGCUGUGUGCCUUCCUCACCCCUUUACUGAUGGCGACUGUGAUCGCCCUCUCCAGAACCUGCGACUACAAACACCACUGGCAAGAUGUAUUAGUGGGUUCUCUGCUGGGCCUUGCCUUCGCCUGGCUGUGUUACAGACAGCACUACCCUCCACUCCAGGACCCCGACUGCCACAGACCUCUGCGUCACAGAGAGACUGUUCCCGCCGCACAAGAACGCAAGCUGGCUAACUCCAACUACAUCCUACCCCUGUAGAACAGCUGUAACUGGAAAAUACCCUUUGAUGUUGUAAUUUAUACUGGGUUACACGGUAAUCAUUCUAAUUCUGGUUUUCACACCAUUAGGGCUGGGCAGUAUAUCGAUAUUUAUUGUUUAUCAUCCAUCACUGUAACUGCAUUGUGGGCAAUUUCUUUUUGUAAGGUGACACAUGGUUUGUUUUCUAAACUGAAAUUACAAACUCAUCACUGAGUCAGAUUUCUCUCGAAACGGUUUCUGAAGCACUUGAGAUUUGCUGAAAAUAACUGACAACCAUUCUUCACGCUAAAAUGAUGUCGUUAGUUAGUGGAUGUUUUAGCACUGGAGGUCUUCUGGUUAUGACGGAUACUUAAGUUUAGACACAUACACAACAAACACUGUUCUCCAUAUGGCCCAGCCCCACACACACCCUGUGUAUUGUGCCUAUAGAUCACAUGACUUUAAACACUCACAACAGCUGAGCAGGUCAACUACACAACCACUGCACUAGUAGUCCACUGCCCAUCAAGCUCUGGCUCAGCUGCUGUGACACAGUUUCUCAUGUAGGGUCACUAUUUCGUGAUUGUUUUGUAAACUUGCAACUUUUUAAACAAGCAGGGUUGAGGUUUAAGGGAAAAUGCCUGUAUACAGUAUUUUCAUUUCUGUGCAUGGUUGUUUCGUUCUUGACCUCUAGGGACAAUAUGUGGUGAGGAGAGUGCGAGCUCAAAGAUCCACUCACUAAUGAUUCAAUGUCUUCAACGGCAUCGUAUGGUCCUGGAGCUGGCUCAGACGUUAUCGCGUGACACAAACGUGAAGCGGCUCAGCAAGAGCCCGAAGGAAAAAGCGGUAGCAAAUGACGUCAGCCCUCUAAAAACACCAGAGCUGCCACAACAUUGACUGGGAAAGGGUCACGGUCAUUGACCACGAGUCAGCUGGAGAAAGAUUAAGGAGGCCAUCUGAUGCCAGAGACUAAAACAGUUUGUGGUCAUCUGCCCUCAUUAAGAACCAGGUUUUCUUUUGUAGGAAUGCCCAGUACAUCAUAGUCUUGGCCCAUUUGUGCAGUUGGGGGUUAAAGACCUUGCUCUAGGGCACUUCGGUGG